CAGGGAGGCCACACUCAGAGCAGCUCUGGGUGGAGCGGGGUUGGGAGGGGGGCAGAAAGUGGCAGAUUUUCUACAGGAUGGGGGUGUCUGUCUCCCAGAGCCCAUACCCUGGGGGCCCCGGGCCCUCCCCGCUCCUCCCAUUCCAGCAGGCAGCGCCCCUCCUCGCUUCCUGCAAGUCAGGCAAAGUGACCGCGGAGUCCGCCCCUUCACAGAUCCUUCUCAUUCCACUCCUCUCGCCAGUGCACACUUGGAACCACGGAGCACAACAAAGUUGCUGUUUGGAGAGCCAAUGGCUGUUUGCAGUCUGUGUGUAUUAAGCAUUCAGCUGUGUAUCAAGAACGUGAGAGUGUUUUGGCCUGAUUUACCCAAGCUGCUCGUGUUGGCUAAGCCUAUUACUUGCUGCAGUGUCUGUCACCUUCUUCAGAGUCAGGCUGUAUGUUCAGAGUCUGUCCUGGGUUUGCAGAAUCUUCAUCUUCCCUGCCAAGCCUCUUUCUGUCCUAAGCUUGUUUGGAGAAUCUGUCUUUUUUCAGAAGCUGAGUCUUUUUAAACAGUCUGUCCCUCUUUCCUCAUGGAUAAGAUACUUUUUUUUUUUUUAAUUGCAAAAGCUGCCCUGCAUACAAACUUCUCCCUGUCUACAGAGCUGGUCUCACGUCCUUGGCUGGGACAUCUCUUUCUGCCUAAAGACACUAUCCUUGUUUUCAAAGAUUUGUCUGUUUUCAGCACCUGUCAGAGUCAGCAGAACCUGUUUCCUCGGCAGGAAGUAUCUCUGUCUCUAGACUGUGUCCCUGCUCACAGAGUCUUUUCCUCUUUCAGAGCCAGGUUCUGUCUGCAGGACCUGAGCCCUGUUUGUACCGUCUGGGGCGGUUUUCCGGGCCUUUGCCUAUUUGCAGGGCCUAUCUGAGCUUGCCUGGAUAGAAACUUGUCUGCAGGCUCUACGCUACAAAGAGUUCUCACCACCAGGGGUCGCUGUGUCUGUGAGCACCUCUGUCUUUCUGUAGAGUCCACCUCUGUUGGCAGAACCCAUGUCAGUCUGCACGGUCUAUUCCUAAUAAUUGAAUGUGUACUUUUUAACAAGACCUGUUCCUAUUUACAGAGUCUUUAUCUGUUUCUAGAACUCACCCUUUUCUAAAGCCUGUCCCUGUUUGCAGAACCUGGGCUCUCUACAGAACCCAGCCCUGUUUCAAUAUCUUGCCCACGUCUGGAGAAUCUGUGCUGGACCACAGAGCUGAUUUCCCAGCUGGCUCCUUUCAGCAUAUCCUGCCCUUUCUAAAGACAUCACUGUUAACAGAGGCUGUCUGUUUGCAGAGCCUGUGUGGGCUUACAAGACCUCUCCCAGUCUGCCAAGACUGUCUCUGAGGGCCUUGUCUACAGAGCCUGUGUCUUUUCACAGAGCCUAAGUCUCUCGGCAGAGCUCAUGACUGCUUGCCCAGCCUGUUCCCAUCUCCCUGUGUGCAGGAGCUGUUUCCCGCGGCUGUCCCUGCCUGCUGAGCCUGACCAUGCCUAGAGAGCUUUGGCUUGUUUCAGAGUUGCCUCUGUGAGAAGCACAUCUCUGACUGGUAACUCUAUGCCUGCUUGCAGAGCCUUGCCUAUCUGUGUGCCUGUUCAUACCUGCAGUGUCUGACCUUUCUACAAAAAGUCCCUGUCUUAAGAGUUCGUCCCCAUCCACAAAGAUUUGCAAAGCCUUUCCCAUUUCUGAAAAGCUCCUCCAUACCAGCAGAACCCAGGACUGUUCAUAGAGCCUUUCUCAGCAUUUACAGCCUUUGCUUGUUUGCCCAGCCUGUCUGAAUUUCCCCAGGUACAGUCUGUGUCUCUUCACACAGGUCAUCUUUUCAAAGGUGGUGUCUGUCGACAGAACUCAUCUUUGUCAGGAGAACCUGUGCCUGUUCCAUCCCUUUCUUGGGUCUCAGGAAGCUGUCCCUGUUUGCAGAGCCUGUGCUUAUACACAGAGACUUUUCUCGGCAGGUGCUGUGACUCUGCACGGCCACCUUCCAGCUGUCUGAAAGACCUUCGCUUGUUUGCCUUGUGAGCAGAGCCUGUCUUGCCUACAGGAUUCUGUCUUACUUCAAGAGCUGUGUCCCUGUUGGCAGAGCCUGUCCUUGCCUGCAGCACCUGUUGUUACUCAGCAGGGCCCUCGCCCUGGGCAAGCCUAGCACCAUCCACAGUGCUUGUCUCUGGCUGCAGAUCCUACAUCUGUCUGUUUUGAACUCUCUCUGUUGGCAGAGGUGGUCCAUAGACUCAAAGCCUAUCAUCGUCCACCAAGCUCAGCCUUUUUUCAAGAGCGCAAACACAGACCACAAGCUAGGUCCCUGUGUGCAAAGCCUCUGUGCUGACAUCUGCAGUACCUGUCCCGGUUUUCUGGGACUUGUGUUUACGCAGCCCUCCUCAUGAGAGGCACGGGCCAUGAUGAAGGGGCUUUGGAGAGCUGUGGGCGGGGAGAGCUCCUGCUUGGAGCCCAGAGGACGGGCGGGGGGCCGGGCCUGAGGACUCCGGCUCGUGUUUCCUCUCUCACUCCCUCCGGAUCUAGGAUGGACACCAGGAGGGGCCUCCCGGACACUGAGAGUCACAGGGACCUCCACAUAUGGAUCAUUGAGAACCUGCAGAUGGUGCCAGUCCCCGAGCCGGCUUACGGGAACUUCUUCGAGAAGCACUGCUAUGUCGUUCUGCACGUCCCCCAGAGCCUGAAGGCCACGCCGGGGGUGCCCAAAGACCUGCACUACUGGGUCGGCAAGAUGGCGGGAGUGGCGGCGCAUGGCGCGCCGGGCUCCUUCAUGCAGCACCUGAAGGAGGCGCUGGGGGGCGCCACCGUGCAGCACCGCGAGGUGCAAGGCCACGAGUCCGCCUGUUUUCGGAGCUACUUCCGCUCGGGAAUCAUCUACAGGAAGGGAGGCCUGGCCUCUGCCCUCAAGCAUGUGGAGACCAACGUGUACAACAUCCAGAGACUGCUGCGCAUCCGAGGGGGGAAGCACCUGUCUGCCACCGAGGUGGAGCUCUCCUGGCACAGCUUCAACAAGAGUGACAUCUUCCUGCUGGACCUGGGGAGGAUAAUGAUCCAGUGGAAUGGGCCCAAGGCCAGCGCGGCCAGGAAGGCGCAGGGCCUGUUCCUGACCCACAGCCUCCGGGACAGGGAGCGUGGUGGUCGUGCACAGGUCAGUGUGGUGGAUGAUGAGGCUGAAGCCACUGACCUCAUGGAGAUCAUGGAAGCUGUGCUGGGCCGCAGAGUGGGCAACCUGCAUGACGCGAUGCCCAGCAAGAGGAUGAAUCAGCUGCAAAAGGCCAAUGUCCACCUCUACCAAGUCUGCCAGAAGGGCAAGGAUCUGGUGGUCCAAGAGUUAUCAACCUGCCCAUUGGCCCAAGAUCUACUUCAGGAGGAGAACUGCUACAUCCUGGAUCAGGGUGGCUUCAAGAUCUACGUGUGGCAGGGACGCCUGGCCAGCCUCCAGGAGAGAGGGGCUGCCUUCAAGAGGGCUCUGAGCUUCAUCCAGGCCAAGGGCUACCCGAGCUACACCAGCGUGGAGGUGAUGGACGAUGGCGCUGAGUCGGCCGGGUUCAAGCAGCUCUUCCGAUCGUGGCCUGGGCCUCAGCGCAAGAACAAGAACCUUAGUGGGAUGGGUAAACUGCUGCAGGUGAAGCUAGACGUGGGCAAGCUGCACAGCCAGCCUGAGCUAGCCGCCCAGCUCAGGAUGGUGGACGACGCUUCUGGGAGCGUGCAGAUGUGGUGCAUCCAGGAGUCACGCAGGCAGCCCGUGGACCGCAAGCAUCACGGACAGCUGUGCGCUGAUGGCUGCUACCUUGUCCUGUAUGCCUACCAGAAGAUGGGCCUUGGCCAGCACGUCCUGUACCUGUGGCAGGGCCUCCAGGCCACGGCGCACGAGAUCAGGGCCCUGAGGGGCAAUGCCGAGGAGCUGAGCCUGCGGUGCCAUGGGGCCCUGGUGCAGGAGCACGUGACCAUGGGCAGCGAGCCCCCCCACUUCCUCGCCAUCUUCCAGGGCCGGCUUGUGAUCUUCCAGGGGCGCCGCGGGCACAGCAGGAAGGGGCAGCUGGCACCCGCCGUGAGCCUCUUCCACAUCCAGGGCACCAACAGCUACAACGCCCGAACCCUGGAGGUGCCAGCCCGUGCCUCAGCCCUCAACUCCAACGACGUCUUCCUGUUGGUGACAGCCAACCUCUGCUACCUCUGGUUUGGAAAGGGCUGCAGCGGUGACCAGCGUGAGAUGGCGCGGGCCCUGGUCACCAUCAUCUCCAGGGAAGACACGGAAAUAGUGCUGGAGGGUCGGGAGCCUCCCGACUUCUGGGAGGCUCUGGGGGGCCGGGCGCCCUACCCCAGCAACAGGAGGCCCCCCGAGGAUGUGUCCGACUUUCAGCCACGACUGUUUGAGUGCUCCUGCCAGACGGGCCCCCUGGUCCUCACAGAAGUAGUGUUCUUCAGCCAAGAGGACCUGGACAAGUAUGACGUCAUGCUGCUGGACGCCUGGCAGGAGAUCUUCCUGUGGUUGGGGGCAGCUGCCAGUGAGUGGAAGCAGGAGGCUGUGGCCUGGGGCCAGGAGUAUCUGAAGACCCACCCGGCAGGGAGGAGCCUGGCCACACCCAUCAUAUUGGUCAAGCAGGGCCAGGAGCCUCCCACCUUCACCGGAUGGUUCUGCACCUGGGACCCCUACAAAUGGAGUAACACCCAGUCCUACGAGGAGGUGUUGGAGGGUGACCCAGGAGCAGUCUCUACCAUCUCUGAGAUAACAACCGAGAUCGUCAACUUCCGGCUGUCCAGAUGGCCAGGCAAUGACAGGGCAGGCCCGUUGGCCCUGCGGGCCCUCAAGAGCUGCGAGGACAGCUCCGAGAGUGAGCUGGGGCUGGGCCCCCACGUGGGCCCCAGCAGCCGGAGCACCGUCAGCAGCGCCAGCAGCAGCAGCUACCAGAGCAGCCCCCGAUCCCUGGGCAGCGGGGGCCUGCCCCGGGAACAGCUGAUGCACCAGGCUGCCGAGGACCUGCCGGAGGGCGUGGACCCGGCCCAUAAGGAGGCCUAUCUCUCAGACUCUGAUUUCCAAGAUAUCUUUGGGAAGUCCAAGGAGGAGUUCUACAGCAUGGCCAAGUGGAGGCAGCAGGAGGAGAAGAAGCAGCUCGGCUUCUUCUGAGCCCAGGCCCUGCCCUGCCAGUGCCACACAGAUGGCCCAGGUGUGGGCACCCGCCUGCUGGCACCUCCCUGCAAAUACCUGAGCCCUCCCUCCUUGGAGACUCCUGGUCCCUAAAAUAAAAGCCGGUGGCUCUGA